CCAAGGACACGCUCCGUGCCCACUGGAUCUGAUGUAAUAAUAUUAAUACUGAGAAUGUCUGCUGCCAUGGAUAUGGUGGAAGAGGAGAUGCUGUUGUCUAGUGUUGAGAAGGGCAGUGGUGUUGAGGGAAGUGUUGAGGAGGGCAGUGUUGAGGAAGGAGAAGAGCCUCCUCAUGAUCAGAGUGCACCUAGAGUGUUGAGUCGGUGGAGAUGGUGGCCUCUGGUGGAGCUCAUAGCUCUUAUCAAACUAGCCCUACCCACUGUCUUGAUGCUGUUCUUCCAACAGUUUGUGUACAGCACUGCCAUCCUCUUUGCUGGUCACAUCUCUGGCUCCUCCAGAGAGUUGGACGCAGUCUCUCUGGCUAUAUCUGUGAGCAAUGUGACUGGGUUUGUAGUGAUCAUUGGUCUCUCCUCAGCAGCUGAUACUCUGUGUCCCCAGAGCUUUGGGGCCAAGAACUACAAGAGAGUAGGGGAGGUCUACCAACAAGGCCUCAUGAUACUGGCCAUUGCAGUCCUCCCAGUAGCAGCUCUAUGGAUAAACUCAGAGUCUUUGUUCCUCCUCCUACAACAACCCCCCUGUGUUGUUCCAUUGGCUAGUCAGUUCCUCAGAGUCUUCAUUCUCAUGUUACCUCCUCUCAUUGUCAUGACGAUGACACAGCGCUACCUCCAGGCUCAGAGUGUAGUGUGGGUGUUCACACUCACUGGUCUAUUAUUCAACCUCCUCACAGCAGCACUCUGCGCUCUCUUUCUUUAUGGCCUCCACUUGGACGUUUACUAUAUUGCCGUGGCAAUGGUUGUGGCGGCCUACCUAGCAACAGGGUUUCUGGUAAUGUAUAUAAAGGUUCGUGGACUACACAAGCUGACGUGGGGAGGAUGGAGCUUCAAGAGUCUGGACAAUUGGUGGUUGUUCUUGAAACUGGGUCUACCUGGUUUCCUCAUGGUAGCCUUUGAAUGGUGGACCUUUGAGAUCAGUGUAUUAGUGAGUGGUUCACUGGGAGAGACUGCUCUAGGGGUCAACACCAUACUACUGCAAUUACUCACUCUAAUGUUCAUGUUUCCCCUGGGUACUGGGACCGCUGUCAGUGUCAGAGUAGGCAAUGCGUUGGGUGCUGGAAACUCACUGGGAGCCAAGAGAGCCUCCUAUGUUGCCCUCUUCCUACAAGUGUUCAUAGUGUCCUUGCUGGCCACUGUCCUGGGCCUGUGUCACAAUGUGGUUGGUAGAAUAUUUACAGAAGAUGAAGAUGUUAUCAGAGAGACCAGCUACACUCUGUAUGCUGCUUUAGUGCUCAUCUUCUUUGACCAAAUUCAAGGCACGAUAUCAGGAGUGUUCAGAGGAGCUGGCUUGCAAAUCAUGGCUGCCUGCAUCAACUUCAGUGUGUUCUAUCUGGUGGGUCUGCCCAUUGGAGUGUGCCUGGCUCUACUCACUGACCUUGGUACUCUGGGCAUGUGGAUUGGUUUGAGUAUAGCCAGCGUCACUCAGGCUUGUGUGUUCAUUGGUAUCCUGUUCUCUCUCAACUGGGACAAGCUGGCAGCCAAGGCUGUUAAGAAUGCUGCAAUGUCUGUACACCGUGUGACUAACCACACAGCUAAUGAGAGUGGAGACAACACUAGUGCCAGUGGAGGAGACCUAGUGGAACUCGUGUCCUACAAGGAAGCUCAACACCCGCUCAUCUCAGAGACAGAAACAGAGACUCAUGUUUCAGAAACACCUUCAACUCUGACAUCUUCAACAGAGGACCUUGUAGAGCAGGAAUCAGACCCCCUGGAGAGUGUACCCCCCACAAGGCGGCUACAUCUCUUGUUGUGUAGAGGUGGUAUCGUAUUGGUGGGUGUGUGCCUAGUGGUUCUGAGUGGUGUCCUGGCUGGAGUAUUCAGACAUGAUCAGUUGGAGGCUAUGUGUGACACUAACUGCACCUGCUUGACUAAUGUCAGUGUGUCUUGUGUGUGCUCCACUAUAGCCAGCUCUGUACCACAUGCUAUCAUUGCUCCUACACCAUAUCCACUCUGAGUUGGUUUUGCUAUCACCAUUAUUUAUUAAUUUAUUGAUGCUGAUUAAUUUUAUAUUACAUUUUUAAUAAUAACAUUUUGUCUGCGAA